CGGCGCCUCCGCCCGCCGCAGCGGGGGCGGGCGGGGGCUUCCUGCCGCCGCCUCGGCAGAGCCGGCAGCGCCGCCACGCCAUGGAGCGGCUCCGGCUCCCGCGGCUCCCGCGGCUCCUGGCCGCCGCAGUGAUUGUGGAGUGCUGUGCGCAGCUCUGCCCCUGUCUCGGCAGCGGAACAGGCUCCAUGCUGGGCACUGCUGUCCCCUGUGCCCACCCAGGGACCGCGAUGGGAGAGCACUGCCAGACAGAUCUGGAGCAAGGAGCUGGCACGGGGCGGGUGCCAACGCCGGAGGCCACAGGGCAGCUGCAGACAGAGGCUGAGCUGCUGCCCUUCCCUGGGACCCCUUCCGGGACUGCGGAGCCCCUCAGCCCCCAGGGAAGCCCUGGAGGCCCCCAGGCAGGCAGGGAGGGGACAGGGCCUGCAGUGCGGGAUGGAACAGUCACCGAGCGCCCAGGGGCCCUGCUCUCUGCAGGCACUGCUGAGCAGGCAGCUGCAGGCAGCGAGCGGCCAUCUCCUGCCCCAGCACCCAUGGAGCCAGACACAGCUCCUACCGCCGCAUCUCCCCCCAGGACUGACCCUGUGGGAAAUGUGGUGGUGGAAGGUGCCACGACCCCACAAGGGAUCCCCUCGCGUUCACCAUCCUCUGUGAUGAUGCCCGGCUCUGCCAGGGGGCAGUGGGGGUCCCCCAGCACCAUGCCGGGAUGGAGCCCCAUGGGAACAGGGCUUGUGCAGAGACAGAGGAGCUCAGGCUCACGUGGCCCCUCUUCCCUGGAGCCGGGGGCUGUGGAGGCCCUGGGUGCCACUGUCCCACUGGGUGACAGCAGCCCAGGGACUCACCCGAGCAUCGUGCUGGCCACAGACAGCCCUGCACCGGGGGUGAUCGGGACAUCACCCUUUGCGGGGAGGCUGCAGAGGCUGCUGAGCUCCACAGGGACGCUGCGGGGGACACAGCAGGAGCUGCCGGGCCCGGCAGGAGGACGGGGCUCUGACUCCCACCCAUGGCGUGGGACGGACGUUGCAUGGCAGGGUCCCCGUUCUGCCCCUCACCCCUCUCCACCGUCCCUGGGGGCUGGUGGCCAUUGGGACCCCCUGGCUAGCACAGCCCAGCCAGCCGUGGGAACGGGCCCAACCUCGCUGCCUGCUGCAGGCAAGGGGUCAGAUCAGCCUGUUCCCACCACCACAGCCAGCACCCCAGGGGUAACGUCCCCCAGCCUGGGGGCAGCCCUGGACCCAACCACGGGAGUGUUGGGGCCACCUGACACAGAGGGUCCCCGUGAGCACAGCCAUGUCCCCCUGGAUCAGACCUGGCGCCCACCAGCUGUGCCAGGGCAGCCCCCCACUUCGGUGGCCCCAGGCAGCACUGCUGCAGCACAGAGUGGGGUGCCCCACACCAGCCCAGGGUCCCUCCGUGUCCCCCCAUCCCCACAGCCUGCCCCAACCAGCAGCUCUGCAGCACCCACAUCAUUGACCCCACAGACCUCCCUAGGGACCAGCCAGGGUGUCGCAGGGCUCGGCCCCAAUUUUGGCUCACCCCCGGCAGGGCUGUCCCCAGGGCACCGGCUGCCCCAUGCUGACUCGGGGGAGGAUCCUGCUGAAAGCCCCCAAAUCCUGGGGGGGACACCAGUGGGUGUGGGCAAUGCUGAGCCCUGGACAGCAACUGCCCCACUGAGCUGGCAGCCGGGCAGCCUGGCCCCCUCCUCAUCCCUUGGCCCCCCCCACCAGCCAGCUCCAUCCCAGCCUGCGUCUUCCCUGGGGCCAACCACCGCUAUCAGCAGCACCGCCACCGCUGUCACCACCACCACCAUCACAGCUGCCACUGCCAGCCCAGCACUGCUUGGGGACGUGGGGACGGUCACACCAGAGCCGGGUGCUGCUGUAUUGCAGGGGGAUGCCGCAGGGUUGACGUGGGGGCCCCCAACUCACCUGUCCACCAUGGUGCCAGGACCCCCUCAGCAGCCCACUGUUCCCCCUGGGACCCUGGGCCAUCGUGGGGGCCCCGGGUCCCCCUCAGCUGCCGGGGACACAGACCUGGUCCAACCAUCGAGCAGACCUGGAGGGCAGCUGGAUGCUGACACCCCCCAAGCGACACUGGCCAUGGCGGGCAGGGCCCCCCGGGUGUUCAUCGUGGAGGAUCAGCCGCCCCUCCUGAGAGCAUCCCUCCUUCGCAUCCCCUGCGAGCUGGUGCUGGACAUGGGGUUCGUCCCCGCCUUGCAGGACCCCAGGUCCCACGAGCGCCGGGGGCUGCUGCACAGCUUCAAUCGAACAGUCUCACCCCUCUUCAUGUUGGUGCCCGGGUUCCUGCGGCUGGAGGUGACGGGGAUCAGGGAGGGCAGCGUGGUGCUGGAGUACGAUGCGCUGUUCGCGGCAGAGCAAGUGCAGGCGCCAGGGCUGGGCGUGCUCCUCAACACCGUGCUGGGCUCUGGUAGCACCCGUCCGGGGCUGGCGGUGGGCACUGCCCCUGUCCUGCGCAACGUGGCUCUGGAGCGGCCGCUGGACCCCUGCGCCGUGCUCUUCACGUGCCGGGCCGGCUUCACCUGUGUGGCCCAGGCGAAUGGAAACGCCACCUGCACCUCCCUCUGCCACCGCGACUACUGCAAGAACCAGGGCAUCUGCACCCACCCCCGGGACCGUGGCCCCCUCUGCCAGUGCCCCGUCGGCAGCGAUUUCUGGUUCAUGGGGCUGCGUUGUGACUACCGGGUGACGCAGCAGAGCCUGCUGGGCAUGGCCGCCGGGGUCCUGCUCAGCAUCGUCCUUCUGGCCACCGUCGUCGCCGCCGCCGCCAUCCGCCGGUUCAAGGCGCUGCUGCUGGAGGCCAGGGCCGACCAGACCCGCAGCAGCUACCGGCGGUUCUGCCGGCUGGAUGACGUCUCGGCCCAGUACUGGUCGCGCUCCUGGCUGCCCUCGGCCAGCUCGCUGGACAACCCGGCCUUCAGCAACUCGGAGGAGCUGCUCCACUUGCAGAUCUUGGACAACGGCUGCUGCAGCUGCCAGGAGGAUUUGGGCAUCACCGACAGCUCCAAGCAGCACCCCGCACCGCCAGUCCACCCCGACUGCCGGUCCAGUUUCCAUUAUGACUGGGACACAAGUUCCAGCAGCAUGAAUGAUCCAAUGGUGGACUCAGGAAAAGCCAGUGAUAUCUCAGUGUCGAGUUGGCCCAUGGAGCCCAUCCAGUGGACACCCUUUCCCCUCCUCCACCAGCUAUCCAGGCAGCGACCGCACAAAGCCAGGCGGCCUCAUUCGUACUGCGAGGGGAUGGAGCUGGUCAACCUCGAGAGGAGCUGGACAGCCUGAAGACCAAACACCAAAGAACAGGCAACAAGGUUCAGCUUUUAAAACCAACCACAUUUUAUUUCCACAUAACAAGCUCAGUGAAGGAAUUUCAAACACUUUGACAAUACAAUCAACGCAGGUGUGAUGUCAGUUCCACUCGUGGCAGAGUCCUGAAAGAUUAUCUGCCAACGUUUUCACCACUGUUUCAGACCAGACUUCAGAAGCCAGCUUUGGCUUGGGACAGCGUAUUUCAUAGUAAGUAGUUACAGAUAAGUGUCUAAUAACACACAAUGCUGGCAUCCAACAGAGUUAAUGACUUACAUCCGGCAAUUUGAAAAUAAAGUCUAACAGAUUUUUGAAGUCACAUCAUACUAUGUACAUAUAUGGUCUGCCCUAUAGCCAUUUCAGAACAAGCUAAGCCACUGUGAAAAGUGAAAUGCAAAUUAAGCGCUGCUGCAUUGUUCGUCAUGAUUAAUGUAAAUGAGGUAUAAAUUUAAACACCAGUACAUUUUAAGCAUUAAAGUUUAUUUUCCAAAAUGC